AGGCUCAGUUUAAAUAUUCUCCUUCUAUCUUCUCUUUCUUUCUCAAAAAUCAAAUUCAUGACCUCCUUUACUGACCUUCUUGCCGGUAACAACAAGAUGGACAGUAGUGCACACAGCUGGGGAUAUUCGGACCAGAAAACCGAUCGAAUUGGCGAUGAAGUGCCAAAAUUCAAGUCACUUCAACCUCCUUCAUUACCCUUCUCUGCUGCUCCAGUUUCUCCAUCUUCUUAUUUCGCUAUCUCACCUGGUUUUAGCCCAACUGAUUUCUUCAGCUCACCUAUGUUUCCCUCCCAUUACACUAAUCUUUCAUCUCCAACUACUGGGGCUUUUGCUGGUGAAGCAUUCAACAGGAUGAGUGGUAACUCUGCAGAAAACCAGCUGGGGGUGAAGGGGGAAGAGAUAUUUACUUCUGAUUUCUCUUUCCAGCCUCAAACAAAGCCUGCUUCCGUCUUUCAAUCUUCUUCAAACAUGGUCUCAGGGGAAGAAUCGUUUAAAAGACAACAAGAAGCAUGGAAUUUCAACAAACCAACCGACCAAACUGAAUUUUUAAUGGAGAAGGUGGAAGUAAAAGCAGAGUUUGCACCAAUAAAGAGCUUCACUUCAGAAAUGGCCACAAGCAAUGCAAAAAGGCAGAGUAAUUCUGCUCCUUUGUCCGGCCACAAUCAAUACAGUCACCAAGCUCCAUAUAGCAGAGAGCAGAGAAGAACAGAUGAUGGAUACAAUUGGCGAAAAUACGGACAAAAACAAGUGAAGGGAAGUGAAAAUCCGCGUAGUUAUUACAAGUGCUCGUACCGAAAUUGCCCAAUGAAGAAAAAAGUUGAGAGAUCUUUGGAGGGAGAGAUUACUGAAAUAGUAUACAAAGGAACUCAUAAUCAUCCCAAGCCUGAUCAGUCUAGUAGACGAUCAACUCAAUCAUUUCAACCUUCUUCAUGCACCAGUUCAGGGAUUUCUGAUCAGUCAGGUGUAACACUUGGCAAUACACAAAUGGAGUACUCUGCCACAAUGCAGGAAGAUUCUUCAGCCUCAAUUGGAGAGGAAGAGUUUGAUCAAACGAGUAAAUCAGGAGGAGACGACGAUGAAAAUGAGUCUGAGGCCAAAAGAUGGAAGGGCGGAAAUCAAAACGAGGGGUUUUCGGCUUCUGGGAGUAGGACUGUGAGGGAACCUAGAGUUGUAGUUCAGACAACUAGUGAAAUUGAUAUUCUUGAUGAUGGGUAUAGAUGGAGGAAAUAUGGACAGAAAGUAGUAAAAGGAAAUCCAAAUGCCAGGAGCUACUACAAAUGCACAUCGGUAGGUUGUCCAGUGAGGAAACACGUCGAGCGAGCGGCCAACGACAUGAGGGCUGUGAUCACCACUUAUGAGGGGAAACACAACCAUGAUGUUCCGGCAGCUCGCGGCAGUGGUGGCUAUGCUGCGAGUAGGCUGUCAUCCAAUAACAGUAGCAGCAACAUUAACAUACCCCAGCUAAUAAGGCCCUCAGCCAUGGGCACCCAUCCAAGUUACCCAGAUUCUUUUCAAAAUACAAGGUUAACAACAUCAGCAAGUCAAGCACCAUAUACCCUACAAAUGUUGCAGAACCCAGCUGGGGGAGUAGGAUUUUCAGGGUACAGAAAUCAAAAUCAUGGCUACGUGGGUCAAACACAACUCUCAGAGGGUGUGUUCUCUAGGGCCAAGGAAGAACCAAACACAUUCCUUGACUCAUUCCUAUCUGAGGAUUACUAACAGUGGAAUACAGAGGAAGCAGACCAACUAAUUACAUACGUUUUUUAUAUGUAGUUUCAUAGCAUAAGCUGUGUAAAAUUUAGUUGCAUUUGUUUUUUUUCUUUUAAUACGGUUUGAAGCCAUUUAAAGCUUUAGGAAAUAUAUUUCAUUUCGAUUCAAUUUAUAAUAAAAGAAGAACAGAGAAAACAAGGUGAAUGUUGAAUGGUCAAA